UUAUCCCAAGUUUUUGAUUUUAUCGUAUACAAGCUUGCAAAUCCUUGCAAGAGCUCCUCAUCCUUUGCCUCAGAGAAUUCCAUCAUAACAAUACUGGUACAUCAUGCCGUCCGCAAAUAACGAUCCACUCCAGCACUUUAAGCGCAUAGGAGUCGUCGGGGCCGGGAACAUGGGCUCGAUGAUGACCUUUGCCUUCUCCGAGCUUGGUCUUGACGUGUCCGUGUGGGAUGUCAGUAAGAAAAAUGUUGACCAGGUAAUUGAAUGGGCAGAUAACGCAAAGGACGUCAAGGGAAAGGUGCAGGGCUUCUACAACAUCGAUGAAUUCACCAAGAGCUUGGAAGGCCAAGGGGAACGCAAGGUUUUCAUGUUUUCCAUUACGCAUGGUCACCCGGCAGACUCGGUUCUGAGCAUGAUCAAGCAUGACCUGAAACCAGGCGAUAUCAUCCUGGACGGCGGCAAUGAGAACUAUCGACGGACUGAACGACGACAGAGGGAGUGUGAGGAGAUAGGCGUCAGUUGGAUUGGGAUGGGCGUAUCUGGGGGUUACCAGUCUGCACGACAUGGUCCUAGUUUGUCUCCUGGGGGCGAUAAAAAAGCCAUCGAACUGGUCAUGCCUUUUCUUGAACUUUACUCGGCAAAGGACCGCAAGACGGGCCUCCCAUGCGUGACGAGAGUCGGUCCCGGGGGCUCGGGGCACUUCGUUAAAAUGGUACACAACGGAAUUGAGGGCGGCAUGUUGUCGACGACUGCCGAGGCUUGGUCCAUCCUUCACAAUGGGUUGGGUCUCAAUUACGACGAGAUUGGCGACAUCUUUUCGAAGUGGGAUAAGGAUGGUGAAUUGCGAAAUAACUUUCUGAUCCAGAUUGCUGCGGAUAUCUGCCACAUAAAACGAACCCCUCAGGGUGAUUACAAAGGCGAGGGUGCCAGUAAGAACAAUGGUUGGGUGCUUGAUGAUGUCCUCGACAAGGUCGUUCAGGAUGACGACAAUACCGAAGGAACGCCCCUAUGGUCGUUAAUGGACACUGCUGCACGGCAUGUUUCUGCGCCCACCCUUGCCGCGGCUCACUAUUUGCGAGUUGCGAGUGGUAACCGGGAAGAAAGACUCCGAGUUGCAAAGAAGCUUCACAUGCCUAGCCCCAAACCAAUCGAGGGAAUUAAGGAUAGGGCAGCAUUCAUCGACAAUCUGCGUCGAGCAGUAUAUUGCUCUUUUAUGGCAUCGUUCUGCCAGGGUCUUGAGCUCAUUGCCCGCGCCUCCGAAGACGAAGGAUGGGACAUUGAUCUGGGCAAAUGCCUUCAAAUAUGGCGUGGAGGGUGCAUUAUUCAGUCGGAGGCCAUUGCAGACCUGCUACAGCCAGCUUUGACUGCUAAUAUACGCCUCACCAAUAUGAAGUUUGUCGAUGAAGUAGCUCGAGAAUUGCAUAAGCACUUCGACUGCCUGAAGGAGAUUGUGGUCGAGGGAACUCUUUCAGACCAGUAUAUCCCAGCGAUGUCUGCCACACUCGAGUAUCUGAAAUAUGAAGGUGGAACCAUGCUACCGACCAAAUUCAUGGAAGCCCAGAUGGACUACUUUGGCGCCCACGCCUAUAACAAACCAGACAUCCCAGGCGAAGAUCCAGGACAGGUCAAGAAGGACCCCGUCCGCAUCGCCGUCAUUGGUGGUACUGGACUUCGCGAGCUUCCAGGCUUCACCCAGGUUGCUUCGUUGUCGAUCUCGACUCCCUGGGGCAACCCCUCCUCGCCGAUUAGCAUUCUUCACCACAAGUGCUCCAACACUGGCAAGCUUGUCGCUGUUGCCUUCCUCAGUCGCCAUGGCCUGCACCAUCAGAUUGCGCCCCACGAAGUCCCUGCCCGCGCCAACGUUGCUGCCCUGCGUUCCAUCGGUGUCCGCACCAUCAUCGCCUUCUCCGCCGUUGGCAGCUUGCAAGAGCAGAUCAAGCCCCGUGAUUUCGUGAUUCCCGACCAGGUCAUCGACCGCACCAAGGGUAUCAGACCUUUUACAUUCUUCGAGAAAGGUGUUGUGGCUCACGUUCCCUUCGGCGACCCAUUUGAUGAGCGUGUCGCCAAGGUUGUCCGGGCUUGCGGACACAGCUUGGAAGGCGAUGGUGUGACCCUUCACGACCGUGGCACCAUCAUCUGCAUGGAGGGUCCUCAAUUCUCCACACGCGCAGAGAGCAACAUGUACCGUUCCUGGGGCGGCAGCGUUAUCAACAUGUCUGUUCUGCCUGAGGCUAAGCUUGCCCGCGAAGCUGAGAUUGCCUACCAGAUGAUUUGCAUGUCUACCGACUACGACUGCUGGCACGAGUCGGGUGAGGAUGUCACCGUUGAGAUGGUGAUGGGCAACAUGAAGGCCAACUCGCAAAACGCGAGACGCUUUGUGACUGCUGUCCUUGAUACUUUGGCCCACGAAGAGCACUCUGAUCUUGUUCAGGCUAAGCACGUCGAGGGCUCAGUCAAGUUCGGUGUUAGCACUCCUCAGGAGCACUGGAGCCCCGAAGCACGGGAGAGACUCAACUGGCUCUUCCCUGGUUACUUCAACUAAUUUCUUCCGGUUUGCAUCAACCAUUGGGAAUAACACUGUAUCAGUUUAGAUCCCCCUUAUUUUGGAUAUAGAUGUUUAUAGAUUUUGAGACGAACUUACGAGAAUCAAGCUCUGACCUAUCAUGUUUGGGUGAUUUAUAUUUUACUUAUCUCUUCGCGAUAUUUCUAUUUUAGAUAUUUCAGGUCUUCUCCAAUUUUAAACCAAAAGCUUUAGUCGUCUGGG